AUGCAUGCAUGGGAGAAUAUUCCGAUGGACGCAGAGGCCGAUUUUUCACCAAUGGAGACAGUUCAUGGUUCAACUAUACCAACCAAGUUGACCAUUGUACAUUCCACUGGAGUGUUUUUGCACAACGUUGUCUGGUGCAGCUGUCCUGGGGUCGAUUCCAGUACCACUCGACCACAGACUGCCUUUACUUUUGAUGUCCUCAAUCAUUUUCUAAUUGACGCACUGGAGUGCAAGACUUCAGCAUCCAGCUUCUUUGAAAAAAUCCGUCGAAUGACCAAUAACUGUUUCCCAGAUACUGUUCCUAAUCGAUAUCGAGAACUUAUGAGAGUGUCUCGACUGUGGAGAGACUUGAUGAGUCGAAAAUGGUUUGGCUUUGCCCAUAAUGAUGAGCAGAAACCGGACAAGGGUGAUCUGGCUUGUUGGCUUGUUUCACAAAGAUAUGUGGUAGACGGGAACUUCACUGCUCAACAUAUGGUAAUGAGAAAACCACAGUUGGACAUUAGUUUGUCAGACGGGCUUGGGUAUAUUGUGAAAGAUCAAGAAUACCAGACUCAUCUGUCAUCGGCUGUAGAAAGUAAAGAGCGGUCUUCUUGCAGCAAUCAUCGUGCAGUAAAUGCAGCCAAUAUCAGCAGGAGCAAUCUUCGAGCUACAGGUGUAGGAGCAACUGCUUGUGCUCGACAUGGAUGCUUUGUUCCUCAUAGUAUAGUUGAUUUUCAGAAGGGCGAAAGACACAUGAAUAUCGACUACUCAAUAUGCAAUGCAUUGAAUUAUCAUUCAGCUGGUAUAGACUCUUCCCUCAUCAUUUAUGAUGUGGGGUGUCAGUGGAGCAUUAAUUUUCUACAGAGAGUAGCCCAGAGCAAGGGCUUGUCUGUACCUGAAAAUAUGCACAUCAUUCCAGCAGUUGGAAAAUUCCAUCUUAGCGCUCACAAAUUAGCUUGCUUUGCAAGGUACAGCCUCAACUUUAUUCAAGGGGCUGGACAUGUUGAUGGGGAGAUUUUGGAGACUCUGUGGGCACCAUUCAAUAAGAUCUCCCCAACUGCUCGGUCAAUGAGUCAGGCUCACCGUCAAGAAGUUCUUGAUGAUCAUAUGCGAGACUCAAACUGGAAAAAAAUAGUGGGAAUAAUGAAGACUCUCUUGAAAAAGUACAAACGGGCUCUCAAAGGUGUUGAUAACACAAAGUCUCCCUUUGACGAGCUCACUCUGUCUCUGGACCCUGAGAAGAUUUUGAUAUGGAAGAUCGAUGAGAAAAAGGCCAUGGAACAACGUGGAGAGUAUCUUGACAUCUAUCAGUUGCAGAUGAACAAAGCUCCAACUAUGGCAGAGAUUAGACUCAAAUUAACUGAGUCUGAGAAUACCGACACUAGCAAACCUGGGACAGUCUCUUGGCUCAUUACUGGCAUCAAUCUGGAGGAUUUACAGGAUGGACUAAGGGCAGAUAUUCGACAACUUCCUACUGAUGCAACCCCAGGACAGAAAGUUUCUAUAGAAGAGAAGCGACAGAGAUUGACAGCUAGGAUAGCUAAAUUUCAUGAAACAGCCGAUGCCAUGACUGCUGGUAUGGAUCUUGGAACUGCAACAGUGCAUUCCGACGAUCCUAGAUUCUGCUAUGCAGGUCAUGAUGAAAAUGGUUGGGGAGAGGUCUCAGAUGAAGAGAUCUCAGAGUAUAUUGACGAAGAAAUCUUGGCUGAAGAGAUAGGUAUCUGGAUGCCAUCAUCAGUGCCCUACCAGGAUGCAUUGGCUCUCGGACUGGGUCCCCUCCAAGCUGAAGAAUUAGAACUUCGAAAGGGCCAAGCCAAUGACUGCCUCGAAAAGCUUCGAAUGGCCCUUGGUCAUAAGGCCAUCAUCUAUCGUCAGUAUUUUCGAAGUGCUAAUUCUACAUGGGCUGGGACUAGGUCAAAGCAAGAAGCUCAACGCUGUCAGCUCAAAAUUGACAAGUGUGUAAGAAGCUAUCAGAGGGCAAGGUCAGCAAUGGAAGGUCUAGGCAUGGACAAAGCCACCUUGGGGAGUCUUUAUCAGCCAAUAUCGCCUACAGAGCUCAGUAUAGACAAAGAGGUGACAGAAGAAAAUAGAUUUGGACAAGGGUCAGACAGGCUGGCUUGGUUUUGGAGGGGAAAUAAUGCAAGCCAAGGUCAAGACGAUGCCUGGAUAGAUGAAUCUCCAACCGAUCUAGUCUACAGGGUGAACUGGUUGAAGGCUAAGGCUAGAUGGAAUAGAUGGCAAGAGGAAUUAAGGCUGGUAAGACAUGAAAUGGGUUGGACCAUAAACUGGUUCAAGUACCACCAGAAUGAAUGGGAGAGAAGGGGUGGCCAAGCCACCAGACCUGGUCAUCAAGCCUAUGCUUAUCAGCAGGUCUUGAUGUGGGGAAGAUUUGUUGAGGAGGCAGAGAAAAAUUUCAAUGGAUGUAGCUUAGCUAGCACUAGCUCCACUCUAUGUAGUCCACAGCUGGCCGAGAUAAUUGUAUUUAAGAUAUGGACUGGCCAGAUGGUUCCUACAGCAUUCCAUGUAAUUCUGAUACCAAUAACUGACAGAAUCAAGUCGGCCGAAUUAAACCGGCCAGGAUGCAAUGUUGGAAUUGAAAACCAGCCAGUCUUGAUUCUACUGUUGUAA